AGGAUGGCAGCUCCACAUAACGGAUCCAACAUAACGGGGAACUACACCAACCAGUUUGUGCAGCCGCCGUGGCGCGUCGCUCUCUGGUCCGUAGCCUACAGCUCCGUGCUGGCUGUGGCGGUGUUUGGAAACCUCAUCGUGAUAUGGAUCAUUCUUGCCCACAAGCGCAUGAGGACGGUGACGAACUACUUUCUCCUAAACUUGGCGUUUUCGGACGCGUCAAUGGCCGCGUUCAACACUUUGAUAAACUUUAUCUACGCUGCACACGGAGAGUGGUACUUCGGGGAGGCGUACUGCAAAUUCCACAACUUCUUCCCGGUCACGUCCGUGUUUGCCAGCAUCUACUCCAUGACUGCGAUAGCUGUGGACAGGUACAUGGCCAUCAUCCACCCCCUGAAACCUCGUCUGUCGGCGAAGGCCACCACAGGAGUUAUCGUCUGUAUCUGGAGUCUGGCCGUGGUUCUGGCCUUCCCUCUCUGUUACUUCUCCACCAUCCGAGCUCUGCCCCGCAGGACCCUCUGCUACGUGGCCUGGCCCCGCAUGGCUGACGACCCUUUCAUGUAUCAUAUCAUAGUUACCGUUCUGGUCUAUAUACUUCCCUUAGUGGUGAUGGGCAUCACUUACACCAUUGUGGGAGUGACUCUGUGGGGAGGGGAGAUUCCAGGAGACUCAUCGGAUAACUAUCACGGACAGCUCAGGGCUAAAAGGAAGGUGGUGAAGAUGAUGAUUAUCGUUGUGGUGACCUUUGCCCUCUGUUGGCUCCCCUAUCACGUCUACUUCAUUGUGACGGGUCUCAACAAGCCUCUGAGCAAGUGGAAGUACAUCCAGCAGGUUUAUCUGUUGGUGCUGUGGCUGGCAAUGAGCUCCACCAUGUACAACCCCAUCAUCUACUGUUGCCUCAACAGCCGGUUUCGAGCCGGCUUCAAGCGAGCGUUCCGUUGGUGCCCAUUCAUCAAGGUAUCCAGCUACGACGAGUUGGAACUACGCUCUACGCGGCUGCAUCCAACACGCCAGAGCAGCAUGUACACGCUGUCACGAAUGGAUACCACUGUGGUGGUGGUUUACGACCCUGUUGAGGGUGAUGGCAGUGCCCGCACUGGCUCUGAAAGGAAGGACUCCCUGUCUGCUAGAAAGAGAAGCUACAUCACGUCACGCCACACCGAGAUCUCUGGAUGCAAUGGUGUCGGAGCGAAAACCCAGAAUGGAACGGCUCCAAGUGCUCAACCGGAGGAGUUCUCUUGAAGGGUGUUCUCACAGACUUACACACACACAUAUGCAUGUAAAAAAAAAAGUACACAUGUGCUUAACACACUGUUAAUACAAACGGUGCACUGAUGUUUGCUUUAUUUAGACGUAGAAGCAUUUUUUCAAAGUGGUUCCUUGAGAACUCAAAAGAUGACCACAUGGAUAUACAGAUUAUUUAAUAUUUUAUCUUGAUGGAUAAUAUUGAUUCUCUCAAGAUACUCUGGAACAUGAAUGAAUCACUGAGUAGGGCUAACUGGCCACAGACAAAGGAUCUUGAGGGGUCAGUUUGAAGUGAAUGUAACGAGCAGUUCUCAUUUAAAGGGACAGUUCACCCCAAAAUCAAAAAGUAAUACUUUUCCUCUUAACUGUAGUGAUUGUUUUGAGAUAUCAGCCAUUGGGAUGUCUGCCUUAUAUAAUAUAUAUUAUAUAACUAAUAUAAUGGAGCUAGAUAGAUGGUGCUUCGCUAGUGGUGCUCAAAGUGCUCAUACAUAAAAAACACAAAAAUACAACAGCAAUGUCUCUUUCAAGAGAUCAUGACCCAGUUCCUCAAGAUAAUCCACAAACCUUGUUGUAAGCAGUUUCAUGAAAGAAAAUAGUUCAGGUGCAUCCUAUGUUCCUAGAUGAAUUUUUUAUUUGGGGUGAACUGUCUCUUUAAAAGUCACAGAGCUCAAACAAAAGCAGUAAAGCUAAGUUUUUUGCUGCAAGUGUGAUUCAAAAUUAUUUUUGUUAUAUGCUUGUUCAGUUUUCCCUAAAUAAUACAGCUGGCAGCGUUAAACUUACAAUAAAAUAGGUUAAGAAAUUAAAAAAUAAGAAUGUUGCACAGCAAAAUAUCUCUGCUUCAAAAAAAUCAAAAAAGGCAUGAGGUGCAGUUUUUUUCUUGUGGUUUCAGAUUUUGUGUAUAAUCUCAUUUUGUAUAUUAUAUGUGGAGAGGAGUGCCAGUGAGGAACUGGGGCCUGUAGGAUAAAAGUGAAUUACGAGCAGUGUUUACAUGCAGAUCCCAAAACAUGGCACAUUCACAAAAAUUGAUGUUUUCAAAAUUCCAGAUUAAUCUGUGAGUCCCUACGGGGCUCUUCCGUCCUCAUGCACAGGUUACACUUAUGAUGUUUGUUUUGACCAGAUCAACAGGGGAAGACAUUAUCUCAUGUUGCAAAUUUGCAGCUGGAUGAAACGGGCCAGUGCUUUGGCAGGAUGCUUCAAACAGUCACAUUCAGCAUAAACAAACGACUGAGCUUCAGGGUUUGUUCUCAACCAAAAGCAAAACUGUAGCAUCAAGCUUGUAAAUUAAGCAAGAAAAAUAUGCAUGCUACUGCUUUACACACAUGCUCGGGAGUGGCCUCAACAAAAUAAUAGGUGAAUGCUUAAUUUGUACAGUAUAAUCCUCUAAAUUCAAGGCAAAUUGCCUUUUAGUGAAACAAGUUUUCCCCUUAUCCAAUAUGGGUCCCUCUGCAUUAAUGAGAUGCUGUAAAUAGCUAUUUCAUUACAAUACAUUCAGCUAAGUCAGCGCACUGCUGCUUUGUUAAGGUCUCACGGUUCAAGUGAUACUGAUAAUGAAAUUAAUCAGUUCUGCUUUAAAAUUCGCUGCUAGUGUGAGACAAUCUCACAAUGAAGAGAAAUUGAAAAUAUGCCAUGGUGACUGUAAUUAUGUAAGUAUGUCAUAGUUUUUCAUUUCCAUCUGUAUUAAUAACUGUGAACUUUAUGCGAUGCAGAGGAUUCACUUGGCAUCUAUUUUCUCCUGAAGCCAUGAAUGAGCAGAGAGUUGCAAGUGAAACAGCUGCUCCAUUUGGCUCUAUAUGUGGCUUUGAAUUCAGCUCUGAAAGUAGUGCUGAAAUUAAGUUUGGCUUUCAGUUAUCUAAUGGUUGUAAGAGACACGUUUCCUGUAACUGGCAGCAAGCCUGAGGCGAAAUCCAAUAUAUAUUUGCAGCACGCCAAUAAACAGGCUGCUGCAGAAUGUGCAGAUUUAAAGCGAACUAACCAACUGGGGCCUAGUGGGUCAAGGUCUGUCAGUUCCAGACUUGCAGCUCAGUGAAGCUGCACAGUGAAGUGUAACCUUCUUCACAGUUUUUCUCACAAUGUUCUUUAAAAUGCCUUCAUACAAUAGAUAAUGAGAAAGAAGGACAGUUUUAGAUUUUCAAUAUUUUCUUCCAGCAUGCUGUUAUUCUGUGUCGCAUUUAUCUAUCUUCAUGCUUGUGUGCGCAUCAAGUGUUGAAACUGCACCGAGCAAUACGCCAGCCUGUGCCAUGUUGGGUUUAACAAUAUAAAUCGAACUGUACUGUGGCAGGAUUAUGUAAACUAUAGGACCAGUGUGUUCUCUGACUCUGUACACAACAACAAACAGACAUUACUCACUGCUGGGAACUAAGCGUGAUAAUAGUUUGCUUUGAUUUGUUUAUUUUCCACCAAAUAGACCUUCUUUAACAAUAUAUUGCAUUAUAUAUAUAUAUAUUAUUAUUAUUAUUAUUAUUAUAUAUUAUUAUAUUAUUUUUUUCAAUAAUGUAUGGAGCAUAGCACCCAAUAAUAAUGCCAUGAUAAUGUAAUAAAAUCAGCACUUAAUCUGAUUUUAAAAAAAGAAUCCAGGAAAUAUUGGAAUAACGAACCAAUAAUGUAAUAAAAUUUCCUUACUGAUACUGUAAUAACAUUUUUACUGAUACUGUUAUACAUUUUAUGUGGGUGUUUUCUAGUUGAUUGAAGUGUGUACUUGCCUCACCACAUCUCAGCAUGAGUUCUCUCCCGGUCCUCAUGCUUCCUCCCACUGUUCGAAGACAUGCAGCUUAGGUUUAAUUGGUGACUCUAAAUUGCCCGUAGGAGUGAAUGAGAGCGUGAAUGGUUGUCGGUCUCUACGUGUCUGCCCUGUGAUCUGUGAUAGUCUGGCGUCCUGUCCAGGGUGUACCCAGCCUCUCGCCCAGUGUCAGCUGGGAUUGGCUCCACACCCCCACGACCCGAGUUCAGAUAAGUGAUUAAGGAUAAUAAAUGGAUGAAUGGAACUAUCGCAUAUUAUGAUGAAGGCCAUCCAUCCGAAGAUUAUUGAUUUAGAAUGAGAGAAUCUCUCCUUUACCUUUAGUAAAAUUUCUGGACAUUUUACAACAUUAUUGGUCAAGUUAUUAUUGUCAUAACUAUAAUUAUGAUGAUGAUGAUGAUGAUGAUGAUGAUGAUAUUAUUAUUAUUAUUGUUGUUGUUAUUAUUAAAUGAUUGGGUGUUAUAUGGAGUUAAAAAAUUGUUGUUAUGGAGUAAGAUUCCAGAUAUUAAUUUUGUCAGAUGUGGAAGUAAAUUAAGACGGACCUGAACUUGCAACUUUAGAAAAACAUUAUAAAUCUCUUCAUUUUUCUUACCAACAGAUCUGAAUGUUAGAAGACUUCAUGAAAGUAUUUAUUCAAGAAUGUGAUGAAAAACAAGUUGUGCAUUUCAGUGUCAUGUACUUCUAAGCUGUUGUCUAAUCAUAAUAUUGAAGUUGUUUGAAUAUUUCUAUGUGGUAAUCAAUCUAUUUUCAUGUUUCUCUGUAUAAAUGUUUGUGUUUUGUAUGAAUGUACAGUACAAUGUGUGCCUCUAUCUUUGUCAAGUGGUGACAUAUUAUUUGUCGUGUCUUUAAAGGAUAAUUUGUCCAUUUCCAUCUGAGCCCGCUUGUCCCCUUCACUUUGUUGGAAGCACUAAUUACACUGCUCUUAUUCAAAAACAGGACUCAGGUUGAAAUAAACUAUAAUUAUCCUUUAAGCAUUAUUCUAAUGUAAUUAUUGCUAGCAAAAAAAGAAUUAUUUUGGUAAUUUGAGAUAAGGAAUUUUAGGAACUCUUUGUAACUGAUGAUACUAAGUGACUUCUAUAUCAUAUUUCUUAUGGCAACACCUUCACAAGGUUGUUCUGCAUUGGUUAGUGCUAAUGUAUUUGCUUAAUGUAGCUUCACUGCAGCAUCUUCUUUACAGUAUCAUGAGUGUUUACAAAUGACAUCACAUGCUUAUGAUGAAAUGUAGCUGUGACUUGUUACAGACACAGUCAAGUUUUUAAUGAGAAAAAAACAACAGUGCUCUGUGUUGUUUUAUGUUCAUGUCAGAAACAAUGCAGGUUUUUGUGAUAAUCCGCAACUUUUUAAAUAUCUCAAUCUUUUUUUAAUAUUUCUCAAUUCUAUGCCAUGUAGCAUCAUAAAUCUCACCCAGAAGCAAAAUGCAUUCAUGAAAGAGAGGCAUCAAAGCAUUUUGAUUUUGUAAUUACAAUAUUUGAAUUUUGUUAUUGCAGCGCACUUCCAUAUCAAACUUUUCCCAGCUUCGUAAACCUGAUACCUGUGUAGGAGGCUGUUGCAUUGGAGAACCCACAACCAAACAAAUAUAUCCUUCUGGUUAUAAGGGAUGUGAACAUAAACAGCCCCAUUACUGAAAAGAAAGAGCUACAACAUUAAUCUCUCCUUCCAGAUGUGCUCACUGUACAAUACGGUACAGGCUGAAAUUCUGACUAUAUGUCAACCUGUCAUUUUCAUUCCCUUUAGCCAGAGAACAACAACUCAUGCUUAUUUAUUUGUUGGUUUAUAAGCUUCUGAAAUGCCAUUGAAAUGUUCAGUUAUCACCAAAGGAGUCACCACAAUUGAGAUAAACUCAAAUUUUGCGGAUUAUAACUUUAAAUUGACCUUUAUUAAAGUGUCAAUAUGUGUUGCUGUCUCUGUAUUGCUGUGACAAAAUGAUUUAAUAAACAAUUCAUACUGCAA